AUGUCCAGCGGCCCUGGAGGAGGAGGAGGCGGGAACGGGCAGCAGCAGCAGCAGCAACCUAACAGCAGCAACUCGAGCAACAGCAGCAGCAACAACAACGGUGGCACGGCAGCAGCAGCAGCAACAUUGAGCAGGAGCAACAGCAGGAGCAACACGCCAGCAAUGUCAACAUCAUCGACGGCAACUGGAACGGGAGCCACAUCCACGCUGCAGCGUCGCAUUCUGCGCGGUCAUGCGGCGCAGACGACCAGUGGCGAGCGUGUCCUGCUCAUCAACUACGUGCCACAAUCGGGAUCGGGAUCGGGGUCAACGGCCACCGCAUCCACGCAGCAGAGCACGUCCGCCCAACUGCCCACCACCCGCAAGAUUCUCCAGGCCAGAGCCACGGCAGCAGCAGCAGCAGCAGCAUCAGCAGGAACAGCAACAUCUGUAGGAGGAGUAGGAUCAGGAGCAACAACCACCACCACUUCGCCACCAUCCACGCCAGCUGUUUCGUUUGCCGGACUCGGCUCCGAGGUGACCGUCACCCUGACGCGCACAAAUCAGCGCGCCAGCGUAACGAGUGUCACAGCCGCCGGUCAUAUUGUUAGGAAUCAGCAAGCAACCACCUAUCACCAGAGCACGAACACAGCCACCACAGCGUCGACCUCGAGCGGCGGCACAUCGGCGCUCCAUGAGCACAUGGGCACUUCGACGUCGCCGCCACCACUGGUCUUCACCCACCAUCCGCAUCAUCACCACAGCCAACAGCAGCAGCAGCAACACGAGUAUCACCAACACGACCAACUGGUGGAUCACCAUCAGUUGGAUCAAGAGCACAUAAUCAUAGAUCACCACCAGCAGACGGAGGACGAUCAGCUGAUCGAAUACGACGAUGGCGGGACGAUCGAGGAGCAACAGCUGCAAUUGCAGGACGACCUUCAUGAUCCCCAGCAGCAACAGCAGCAGCAACAUCAUGAUGUUGUCCAAGAGGUGUAUCUCCAGUAAAGGAGAUCAUUAGUUUAAGCCGUAGCGAAAUAAGUUUUAGCCAUUCUAUAUACAAAGUUGGGACGCCCAAAAUGUGUGCAAAGCGGUAAUCGAAUUUGACAAGCUUUAAUUUGGUGAUUUUUUAAAAAAAUUCAGCUUUAUCUAUAAGUUUUUCCUUCUUAAAUUUUCCAUAUCGUAACCCCCACUUUAGCUACACAUUUUGAGAAACACCAAUUCAGAUCGUGUACAUAUAUACAACAAGGAUUAAUAACUUUAGAAACGAGUGUUUUUAUAGAAAACCUUCUUUCAGCUUGUAUAUAGUUCUCUGACAAGUAGAAAAAUAUUUUCCAUUGAAAGUAUUACUCUUAAAAUUUACAAAUUGAAGUAAAAAUUCAAAAACUAGUUAUUAACAAAGAUUAUUUUUGUACUAUACAAAUACCGCUUCUUCAUAAACGCUAGUUGAGAAAUAACUGCACAUAUUAAAUAACCCUUGACGAUCUAUUAGUUAUUGUCAGUUAAGAAUCAAAAGAAAAAUCGUACGGAAACGUAAUCAAUUGUAAAAAAUAUCGACUUCAAAUUAGAAAAUCAAAUUUCGCACAUAAUACGUAUGUAUGAAUAAAAUCCAGUCUGAUUGUUCGAAAACUGUUGAAGCGGAAGGGCCCUUAGGAUUACGAAAGGAAUAGACCAUCAAAAGUCUGUUCCGUAGCAAAAAAAACAUAUUCAUGUAACCCAGUAUUUGGGGCCAAGGCAAUAAAGCGAGCCGGUUUGUGUACUGAAAGUAAAA